AUGGCCUCCAUUCCGACUAUUCGUAUCGGCUAUGUGCCCGAGCAUUACCUGACCCCUCUUCACUUGGCCUUGCGCUCACCGGUCGUAUCAUCCCUUCCCUACAAGAUCGCCCUGACCCCAUUCCCGUCCGGCACGGGCCAUAUGAUCACGUCGCUGCGAGGUAAUGAGAUCGACCUCGCCAUUGGGUUGACCGAGGGAUGGGUCGCCGGUCUGACAGGCAAAACGCAGCCGCAGAACUCCGCUGAGGGAGGAUACAAGGUUGUCGGCCACUGGGUGGAUAACCCACUGCGAUGGGCAAUCGUGACGGGCCGUAAUCGGAACAAUAUCAAUGGAGUGCCAGACUUGAAGGAUCAGAGAGUUGGCGUCAGUCGGCUAGGAAGCGGUUCCCAUAUCAUGUCAUUUGUGCUUGCCCAGCAGCAGGGCUGGAAGCCAGAUUCCCUGACCCCCGUCCCGCUCGGUCCCUUCGGCGCCCUACGAAACGGCGUCACUGGACAGGACGAGGCGAAUCCGGAGCAAGAACCCACUCCCACAGCUGAGUUCUUCAUGUGGGAGCAUUUCACAACCAAGCCGUACUUCCACCCGACUACCGAGAAGCCAAACCCACCACUGAAGAACAUCGGCGAGAUCUUCACGCCCUGGCCGUCAUGGAUGAUUGUCGCAUCGACCGCUCUAUUCCCAGACUCGCCGAAUGACCAGCGUCUGCAGCAACUAUUCCAGGUUCUGGACCAGGGUAUCAAGGACUUCGAAGCCGACACUGCCCAGGUUGUGAAGCUUCUUGGCACGGGUGAGCUGGGCUGCAACUACAUUGAAGAGGAUGCUACAGAGUGGUUGAAGGAUGUCAAGUUUACUAACAGUACUCGCGGUGUUGAUCGCAAAGUGAUCGAGGGCGUUGUGGAUGUGCUGAAGGUAGCUGGUGUCAUUGAUACCGCCAUGAGUAACGACGAGGCUAUUCACCGAGUGAUUGGGAUUCCUCGGUAA